CCUGGCGAGCAUGGGCGGCGCGGAGUGACGCCGCCGUGCCCGCUUGGCAUCAAGGACAUUCAGCCCGCGGGGGUGGGGACGAAGGGGGCGGCCCCGCGUCGCCACCGCAGCCCCCGAGAGCCGCCGCUACUGCUCGGGCUCCAGGGCUGGGUGGGUGGGGAAAGGGGUGCUUGGAAGCGAGCCGCAUUUCCCGACCUUUUUGUUGGACAUUCUGCCCACCUUGGACGCCGCCAGAGGAGCUGUCAAGCCCCGUAGGCUCUGAUUUCGCCCUCCGUUUCCCUGGCCUCCCCCCGGGUUCCCCGUGCCUCGGUGGAGUAUUCGCGUUCGUUGGUUCGGGGCUGGGGCUGGAGGAGGCAGCCACACGCGCGCACACGCACACGUUCAGAGGAGGGCGAGAGGCAGCGGCACCGGCACCAUCUGCAGUGUCAAUGCGGCGCUCCCGCUGAAGCAGGCAAAGCGGCGCUUGCAGGGAGCCUGCACUCCUCCCUCGACACUGCUGUGCUGAGUGUGACUGUGACCCGAGGACACAUCUCUGAAAUGAAAGCCAUGCCUUGGAAUUGGACCUGCCUGCUCUCCCACCUCCUAAUGGUGGGGAUGGGCUCCUCCACUCUACUCCCCCAGCAGCCACCCCUGCUGCCCCAGAAGCGGUCUUUUGUCACGUUCCGCGGGGAGCCCGCCGAGAGCUUCAACCACCUGGUGGUGGACGAGAGGACAGGGCACAUUUAUGUGGGGGCCGUCAAUCGGAUCUACAAGCUCUCCAGCGACUUGAAGGUCCUGGUGACCCACCAGACUGGGCCGGACGAGGACAACCCCAAGUGCUACCCUCCCCGCAUUGUCCAGACGUGCAACGAGCCCCUGACCACCACCAACAAUGUCAACAAGAUGCUCCUGAUAGACUACAAGGAGAACAGGCUGAUUGCUUGCGGGAGCCUGUACCAAGGCAUCUGCAAGCUCCUCAGGCUGGAGGACCUCUUCAAGCUGGGGGAGCCUUUUCACAAGAAGGAGCACUACCUGUCGGGGGUCAACGAGAGUGGCUCUGUCUUUGGGGUGAUCGUCUCCUACAACAACCUGGAUGACAAGCUCUUCAUUGCCACGGCUGUGGACGGGAAGCCGGAGUAUUUCCCCACCAUCUCCAGCCGGAAACUGACCAAGAACUCAGAGGCGGAUGGCAUGUUCGCAUAUGUCUUCCACGAUGAGUUUGUGGCCUCGAUGAUCAAGAUUCCUUCGGACACUUUCACCGUCAUCCCCGACUUUGAUAUCUACUACGUCUACGGCUUCAGCAGCGGCAACUUUGUCUACUUUUUGACGCUUCAGCCUGAGAUGGUGUCUCCCCCUGGCUCCACCACAAAGGAGCAGGUUUAUACGUCCAAGCUCGUGAGGCUUUGUAAGGAGGACACGGCCUUCAACUCCUACGUGGAGGUCCCCAUUGGCUGUGAGCAUGGCGGGGUGGAGUACCGCCUGCUGCAGGCCGCCUACCUGUCCAAAGCUGGGGCCGUGCUCGCCCGGACCCUCGGGGUUCGCCCAGAGGACGACCUCCUCUUCACCGUCUUCUCCAAAGGCCAGAAGCGGAAAAUGAAAUCCCUGGACGAGUCGGCCCUGUGCAUCUUCGUCCUGAAGCAGAUCAAUGACCGCAUUAAGGAACGGCUGCAGUCCUGCUAUCGGGGCGAGGGCACGCUGGACCUGGCCUGGCUCAAGGUGAAGGACAUUCCCUGCAGCAGCGCGCUCCUAACCAUUGAUGACAACUUCUGUGGCCUGGAUAUGAAUGCCCCCCUGGGUGUGUCUGAGAUGGUGCGUGGCAUCCCCGUCUUCACGGAGGACAGGGACCGCAUGACUUCUGUCAUCGCAUACGUCUACAAGAAUCAUUCUCUGGCCUUCGUGGGCACCAAGAGUGGCAAGCUGAAGAAGAUCCGGGUAGAUGGGCCCAGGGGCAAUGCCCUCCAGUACGAGACGGUGCAGGUGGUGGACCCCGGCCCCGUCCUCCGGGACAUGGCCUUCUCCAAGGACCACAAGCAGCUCUACAUCAUGUCGGAAAGGCAGCUCACCAGAGUCCCUGUGGAGUCCUGUGGUCAGUAUCGGAGCUGCGGCGAGUGCCUUGGCUCAGGCGAUCCCCACUGUGGCUGGUGUGUGCUCCACAACACGUGCACCCGGAAGGAGCGCUGUGAGCGGUCCAGAGAGCCCCGCAGGUUCGCCUCUGAGAUGAAGCAGUGCGUCCGGCUGACCGUCCAUCCCAGCAACAUCUCCGUCUCUCAGUACAAUGUCCUGCUGGUCCUGGAGACGUACAAUGUCCCAGAGCUGUCAGCUGGUGUCAGCUGCACCUUCGAGGACCUGUCAGAGAUGGACGGGCUGGUGGUAGGCAGUCAGAUCCAGUGCCACUCCCCAGCAGCCAAGGAGGUGCCCCAGAUCAUCACGGAGAACGGGGACCACCAUGUCGUCCAGCUGCAGCUCAAGUCGAAGGAGACAGGCAUGACCUUUGCCAGCACCAGCUUUGUCUUCUACAACUGCAGCGUCCACAAUUCGUGCCUGUCCUGCGUGGAGAGCCCAUACCGCUGCCACUGGUGUAAAUACCGGCAUGUCUGCACCCAUGACCCCAAGACUUGCUCCUUCCAGGAAGGCCGGGUGAGGCUGCCUGAGGACUGCCCGCAGCUGCUGCGAGUGGACAAGAUCCUGGUGCCCGUGGAGGUGAUCAAGCCCAUCACCCUCAAGGCCAAGAACCUCCCCCAGCCGCAGUCGGGGCAGCGCGGGUACGAGUGCGUCCUCAGCAUCCAGGGCAGCGAGCAGAGGGUGCCCGCCCUGCGCUUCAACAGCUCCAGCGUGCAGUGCCAGAACACCUCUUAUUCCUACGAAGGGAUGGAGAUCAACAACCUGCCGGUGAAGCUGACAGUCGUGUGGAACGGGCACUUCAACAUUGAUAACCCAGCUCAGAACAAAGUUCACCUCUACAAGUGCGGCGCCAUGCGUGAGAGCUGCGGGCUGUGCCUCAAGGCGGACCCGGACUUCGAAUGCGGCUGGUGCCAGGGCCAGGGCCAGUGUACCCUCCGGCAGCACUGCCCCAUCCACGAGAGCCACUGGCUGGAGCUGUCGGGCACCAACAGCAAGUGCACGAACCCCCGCAUCACAGAGAUAAUCCCAGUGACAGGCCCCCGGGAAGGGGGCACCAAGGUCACCAUCCGAGGGGAGAACCUGGGCCUGGAAUUCCGGGACAUCGCCUCCCAUGUCAAGGUGGCCGGCGUGGAGUGCAGCCCUUUGGUAGAUGGCUACAUCCCUGCGGAACAGAUCGUGUGUGAGAUGGGGGAGGCCAAGCCCAGCCAGCACGCCGGCUUCGUGGAGAUCUGUGUGGCCGUGUGUCGGCCCGAGUUCAUGGCCAGGUCCUCGCAGCUCUAUUACUUCAUGACGCUGACUCUCUCAGACCUGAAGCCCAGCCGGGGGCCCAUGUCCGGAGGCACACAGGUGACCAUCACGGGCACCAACCUGAACGCGGGCAGCAACGUGGUGGUGAUGUUUGGGAAGCAGCCCUGCCUCUUCCACAGGCGCUCUCCGUCCUACAUCGUGUGCAACACCACGUCCUCAGAUGAGGUGCUGGAAAUGAAGGUGAUGGUGCAGGUGGACAGGGCCAAGAUCCACCAGGACCUGUUCUUCCAGUACAUGGAGGAUCCUACCAUCGUGCGGAUCGAGCCCGAGUGGAGCAUCAUCAGUGGGAACACACCCAUCGCCGUGAGGGGGACUCACCUGGACCUCAUACAGAACCCCCAGAUCCGCGCCAAGCACGGAGGGAAGGAGCACAUCAAUCUCUGCGAGGUUCUGAACGCUACUGAGAUGACCUGCCAGGCCCCUGCCCUCGCUCUGGGGCCCGAGCACCAGUCUGACCUGACGGAGAGGCCCGAGGAGUUUGGCUUCAUCCUGGACAACGUCCAGUCCCUGCUAAUCCUCAACAAGACCAACUUCACCUACUACCCUAAUCCUGUGUUUGAGGCCUUCGGUCCCUCAGGAAUCCUGGAGCUCAAGCCCGGCACACCCAUCAUCCUAAAGGGCAAGAACCUGAUCCCGCCCGUGGCUGGGGGCAACGUAAAGCUGAACUACACCGUGCUGGUCGGGGAGAAGCCGUGCACCGUCACAGUGUCGGAUGUGCAGCUGCUCUGCGAGUCCCCUAACCUCAUAGGCCGGCACAAAGUGAUGGCCCGAGUCGGUGGCAUGGAGUACUCCCCGGGGAUGGUGUACAUUGCCCCAGAUAGCCCGCUCAGCCUGCCCGCCAUCGUUAGCAUCGCCGUGGCCGGCGGCCUCCUUAUCAUCUUCAUCGUGGCCGUUCUCAUCGCCUACAAACGCAAGUCCCGCGAGAGCGACCUCACGCUGAAGCGGUUGCAGAUGCAGAUGGACAACUUGGAGUCCCGCGUGGCCCUGGAGUGCAAGGAAGCCUUUGCCGAGCUGCAGACGGACAUCCACGAGUUGACCAGUGACCUGGACGGAGCUGGGAUUCCCUUCCUGGACUACAGAACCUACACUAUGCGAGUGUUGUUCCCGGGAAUUGAAGACCACCCUGUCCUCCGGGACCUCGAGGUCCCGGGCUACCGGCAGGAGCGCGUGGAGAAAGGCCUGAAGCUCUUCGCUCAGCUCAUCAACAACAAGGCAUUCCUGCUGUCCUUCAUUCGCACGCUGGAGUCUCAGCGCAGCUUCUCCAUGCGUGACCGCGGCAACGUGGCCUCGCUCAUCAUGACGGUGCUGCAGAGCAAGCUGGAGUACGCCACUGACGUGCUGAAGCAGCUGCUGGCUGACCUCAUAGACAAGAACCUGGAGAGCAAGAACCAUCCCAAGCUGCUGCUCAGGAGGACUGAGUCGGUGGCUGAGAAGAUGUUGACCAAUUGGUUUACUUUCCUGCUCUACAAGUUCCUCAAGGAGUGCGCCGGCGAGCCCCUCUUCUCCCUGUUCUGCGCCAUCAAGCAGCAGAUGGAGAAGGGGCCCAUUGACGCCAUCACGGGCGAGGCCCGCUACUCUCUGAGCGAGGACAAGCUCAUCCGCCAGCAGAUCGACUACAAGACCCUGGUCCUGAGUUGUGUCAACCCAGACAAUGCCAACAGCCCUGAGGUCCCAGUGAAGAUCCUCAACUGCGACACCAUUACUCAGGUCAAGGAGAAGAUUCUGGACGCCAUCUUCAAGAAUGUGCCCUGCUCCCACCGGCCCAAGGCUGCAGACAUGGACCUGGAGUGGCGACAAGGAAGUGGGGCGAGGAUGAUCCUGCAGGAUGAAGACGUCACCACCAAGAUUGAGAACGACUGGAAGAGACUGAACACCCUGGCGCAUUACCAGGUGCCGGAUGGUUCUGUGGUGGCUUUAGUGUCCAAGCAGGUGACAGCCUACAAUGCAGUGAACAACUCCACCGUCUCCAGGACCUCGGCAAGUAAAUACGAAAACAUGAUCCGGUACACGGGCAGCCCUGACAGCCUCCGCUCACGCACACCCAUGAUCACCCCUGACCUGGAGAGUGGCGUCAAGAUGUGGCACCUGGUGAAGAACCACGAGCACGGGGACCAGAAGGAGGGUGACCGGGGGAGCAAGAUGGUGUCUGAAAUCUAUCUGACACGACUGCUGGCCACUAAGGGCACACUGCAGAAGUUUGUGGACGACCUCUUCGAGACCAUCUUCAGCACGGCGCACCGCGGCUCCGCCCUGCCCCUGGCGAUCAAGUACAUGUUUGACUUUCUGGAUGAACAGGCGGACAAACACGGCAUCCACGACCCGCACGUCCGCCACACCUGGAAGAGCAACUGCCUGCCGCUGAGGUUUUGGGUCAACAUGAUCAAGAACCCCCAGUUUGUGUUUGACAUCCACAAGAGCAGCAUCACUGACGCCUGCCUGUCGGUGGUGGCCCAGACCUUCAUGGACUCCUGUUCCACGUCAGAGCACCGGCUGGGCAAGGACUCCCCCUCCAACAAGCUGCUCUACGCCAAGGACAUCCCCAGCUACAAGAACUGGGUGGAGAGGUAUUACUCGGACAUCGGGAAGAUGCCGGCCAUCAGUGACCAGGACAUGAAUGCCUACCUGGCUGAGCAGUCCCGGAUGCACAUGAACGAGUUCAACACCAUGAGCGCGCUCUCCGAGAUCUUCUCCUACGUGGGCAAGUACAGCGAGGAGAUCCUUGGACCUCUGGACCACGAUGACCAGUGUGGGAAGCAGAAACUGGCCUACAAACUAGAACAAGUCAUAACCCUCAUGAGCUUAGACAGCUGAGAACCGUCCUUCCAGGCACCCCCUGGAGGGAGGGACACACCAAGCCGUGCCUCAGUCUAGAUUAUCAUCUUUACCAAGUGCAAGUUCCGACUGGCGUCAGCAGCCUCCCCCGAGCAGCGCUAUCUCUCUCUCUCUCUGCCUGUUUCUGUCUCCCUCUCCUUCCUGGAUCCCCUCUCUUGCAGUUGCUCUACCAACAUGACUGAGCCAAGCCACCGGCCCUCAGUUAGUCCAGGAUGCCCCCCCCGCCGUGAGGGACCUGGUGACCAGAAGACGUCAGAGGGGGCCCUCCUUCCCCGCUGAGCCCAUGCAUCAGCGGCAGGGCCCAAAUAUGGAUGAGGAUGAAGGAUGUUUCUGUACUGCUACUUCACCUUCCACGUUUUGAUAGCCCCGCCUUGAGCCGAACGCUGGCCUGCGGACGAGGCUGUGAGCUCUGUAUUACCUUCACUGGGAAGACGUCUCCUGGCCCAGGUUUCCAUCUCCAGGGGGUCUGUCAGUGGCAUGGUCCCUCUGCAACUGUGAGAAGAAAGGCUGCACCUCCUGCAUGUGGCUGGAGUGGGGAGCGUGACGCGUCGUGGGGUGCCUCGCAGGCUGUCUCCCACUUGUUGGGUUGGCAUCCAGAGGCCUUUUGGUUCCCUUCCAAUCUUCUUGGAGCCUUUCCAAGUGCCCAUAGGGCCCUGCCUGCCCAGUCUCCUCCCGGCCUGUGGAAAACCAGACAGGAGAAAGAAGAGCAGUUACAGCCCACUGUGGAGAUCCUCCCAACCUCCCAAUCUGGCUCACAGCGGCAGGAACGUAACACGUAGAGGGAGAGAAGAAGAGAGAGAGCUGCAUCCACCCUGGAAGCAGAACUGGCUGUUUUCCGUUUGCCACCACGUGCUAGCGAAUCACCACCACAGUCAUGGGUCUGAUCCCUUGCAGAUCCCCGAGUGCCGUCUGGAGGACACACCUCCAUCCUCCUUGGUCAUCGCUCAUCAGGGGUCAAGGUACAAUGCCGAGUGCACCUGGGAGAUUCUACCUCCAGCUCUCUCGGUGGCUCCCAUCCCCACUAUCCUUCCUGAGAACUCUGUAGAAAGUUGGGGCAGACAGCCUCGCCCCUGGCUCCCUGCAGAACCUGGUGCCGUUGCAGAUGCAGAUGACUUUGUCUCUGGACCGUUCAGACCUCCUUGGGAAUUAUUUCAUCAACAUCUCAGCUGUCUCUUUAGUCACUCUCCUCCCUCAGCUCUUUAGCAGUCAUCAUGGAAAGAAACACGCUCAAGCACAGCCUCGCAGAGACAAGCCAAAAUGCCAGCCCAGCUCAGUCCCGGGUUCGUCGUGUUUGGAAAGGAGCGAAGAAUCAAGAGGAAGGACCUGGCUGGAAAAGGGAGGAGGGACGUACAGCUGACCUUGGCUCUGGCGUCUGUUCCUCCAUCUGUCCUUCCAUCCACGGGUACAUCAUUUUAGCCAGCCAGACGAAUGUGUGCUCAGACAUGUGUCCUAGGUGAGCAGGGGCUAUAGUGAGAGACUGUCUGACGGAGGAUCGUGGAAACCUAUAACCUUGAAGGGACCUUAGACACCAUCUCCAUCUGUGGUCCAGUCUCCGCCAUAGACUCGCCCGGCAGCCCUGGUGUGGAGUUUGUGCACCACUCUGGGAGGCAAGCAGCGGCAGCAUCUCAGGUGGGGUUGGGGACAAGGUUCCACAGUCCCGUCUUCACUCCCCGAGCAUCAGACAUCCUCCCCUGCCAUCCACUCCACAGGGGCCCCACGUGGAAAGAGGAAGGAACCACACCAUUUCCAGCAACAUCUGUGGAGCACCGUGUGCUUAAAGAAUGCUAGCCCCUUUGGAUAUGAGUACGUGUGUGUGUGUGAUCUCAUGUGCACAUGCACGUGUGUGUGUGUGUGUGUGUGUGUCUGCCCCAGGAGUAGGCAGAGAGCUCAGAAAGCUUUCUUGUCCUAUCAGGGGGAUUUGAAGCAUCUUCCUUCCUGCCCUUGCUCACCAUUCAUUCUGCAACUUCGGGACAUUUCAACACUUGUUUUCUGUGCUGAGUGCAGAGGGGUGAGGUCACCUCUCCGUAGGAAAUCAGGGUGGUCAGUGGCCAAGGGGAUCCUGGACAGGACUGGAGGCCGGGCCGUGGUGACGCAGAGCAGGGCACGAUGUGGCGUCGAGCAGGACGAAUGAUGGGCAAAAUACAAGUAACCUAACGGACGGGAAGAGGAGAAUGAAAAAAUAUGCAUGUCAGGGGGGAAAAGCAUAACCAAAGGUUUUGGCAAAUGAAGUGGCAGGUGAAGAAGCAUGGAAUUUCUACCCUUGAUCAUUUGAUUUCCUCCCCAGAAGCCACAAGCCCUGGCAGGCCAGGAGGGAAGCAAGCCGGAGGAGGGCUGAGGAGGCACCUGGGCCGCUAAAAUAUUUUUGCACGUGUGAAGGGGUUGGGGAGAAGGAAGACACAAACAUAUUUAACACAGAUGUGCUGAAUGGAAGCUGAGUGUAAGUAUGUGUGUAUGAGUGUGUUUUGAAUUAUUUUUUAAGUUUUGCACAGUUAGAGAAAAAAAAUGAACAAGUAGGAAAAAGACUGUUAUCAUGGUUCUGCUGAAGCUUUUCUUUUUUUUUACCGGAUUAUUAUUAUUGUUUCGUUGUCGGUACAAAUUUUUUUCCCCAUGUCUUUGUUGUAAGAGAAACUUCAGUCACCUCGGGAGAAACGUCAGGAAGAAAGAGGGGAGGCGGGCGGACAAGUUUCCACGCCCUCCGCGUCUCU